CGUGGUUGCGUCGGGGUUGCCUGGGAUUGGGGCGACCCGGGGGGGCCUGGGAGCGGCGUUUGGCGGGCAACCCUCUCUGUCCGUGGACGCGGGACAUCCGGAGCGCUCCGAGGGGCUUUUGCCCUUGAGGAGACGUAGGGUUCCCGGGCGGCAGGUGACAGGGCCAGAGAAAGAUGGAGCAGCUCGGGGCGGCGGCGUCGGGAGCUGGAGGCGGCGGCGAGGAACCCGGCGUGGGCCGGAGCAACAAGCGGAGCGCGGGGAACCGGGCCGCCAACGAAGAAGAAACGAAAAACAAACCCAAAUUGAACAUUCAAAUAAAAACUUUGGCAGAUGAUGUGCGUGACCGAAUUACAAGUUUCAGAAAAUCUACCGUCAAAAAAGAAAAACCUCUUAUUCAACAUCCUAUUGAUUCUCAAGCCGCGAUGACUGAGUUUCCAGCAGCUCAGCCAUUAUAUGAUGAACGAUCUCUGAAUUUGUCUGAAAAGGAAGUUCUGGACCUCUUUGAGAAAAUGAUGGAGGAUAUGAACCUUAAUGAAGAAAAGAAGGCUCCUUUACGAAACAAGGAUUUUGCCACCAAGCGUGAGAUGGUUGUUCAGUAUAUUUCUGCCACUGCAAAAUCUAUAGUUGGAAGUAAAGUUACGGGUGGCCUAAAAAACAGCAAGCACGAAUGUACCCUGUCUUCACAAGAAUAUGUUCAUGAAUUGCGAUCGGGUAUUUCAGAUGAGAAACUUCUCAAUUGUCUGGAAUCUCUGAGGGUUUCCUUAACCAGCAAUCCUGUGAGCUGGGUUAACAACUUUGGCCAUGAAGGACUUGGACUUUUACUGGAUGUACUGGAAAAGCUUCUGGACAAAAAACAGCAAGAAAAUAUCGACAAGAAGAAUCAGUACAAACUCAUUCAGUGCCUGAAAGCAUUUAUGAAUAAUAAGUUUGGACUGCAAAGGAUUCUAGGAGAUGAAAGGAGUCUUUUAUUGUUGGCAAGAGCAAUUGACCCCAAACAACCCAACAUGAUGACUGAAAUAUUAAAAAUACUUUCUGCUAUUUGCAUUGUUGGGGAAGAAAACAUUCUAGACAAACUUUUGGGUGCCAUCACUGCUGCAGCUGAAAGAAAUAACAGAGAACGAUUUUCACCAAUUGUGGAAGGACUAGAAAACCAUGAAGCAUUACAACUCCAGGUGGCCUGCAUGCAGUUCAUCAAUGCACUUGUCACUUCUCCAUAUGAUCUUGAUUUUCGAAUCCAUUUGAGGAAUGAAUUCCUCCGUUCUGGACUAAAAGCAAUGCUCCCAGGUCUUAAAGAAAAAGAGAAUGAUGAGCUUGAUAUUCAGUUGAGAGUGUUUGAAGAGAACAAAGAAGAUGACCUAACUGAAUUAUCUCACCGUCUCAAUGACAUUCGAGCUGAAAUGGAUGAUAUGAAUGAAGUCUACCAUCUUCUCUAUAAUAUGCUGAAAGACACUGCAGCUGAAAAUUACUUAUUAUCCAUUCUGCAGCACUUUCUGCUUAUCAGAAAUGACUAUUAUAUCAGGCCACAGUAUUAUAAAAUAAUUGAGGAAUGCGUUUCCCAGAUAGUGCUGCACUGCAGUGGCAUGGACCCGGACUUCAAGUACAGGCAAAGAUUAGACAUUGAUUUCACACACCUGAUAGAUGCUUGUGUAAACAAGGCAAAAGUUGAAGAAAGUGAACAAAAAGCAAUGGAAUUUUCAAAGAAGUUUGAUGAAGAAUUCACAGCUCGACAGGAAGCUCAAGCGGAGCUUCAGAAAAGAGAUGAAAAAAUCAAAGAACUGGAAACAGAAAUCCAGCAUCUUAGAACCCAGGGAGCUCCAUCUUCAAUUCCAGGCCCACCUCCGCCACCUCCACUGCCAGGUGCUGGACCAUGCCCACCACCACCUCCUCCCCCCCCACCACCACCGCCUCCACUUCCUGGAGUAGUUCCUCCUCCUCCACCACCCUUACUUGGAUUGCCUGGUGUUCCACCACCACCACCACCUUUGUUUGGAGGACCUCCUCCACCACCGCCCCCUGGAGGAAUUCUUCCUCCCCUACCUGUACAAGUUGAGCUACCAUAUGGAAUGAAGCAGAAAAAAGUAUAUAGGCCGGAAGUAUCCAUGAAAAGAAUCAACUGGUCCAAGAUUGAGCCUAAAGAAUUGUCUGAAAACUGUUUCUGGCUAAAAGUAAAAGAAGAAAAGUUUGAGAAUCCAGAUCUAUUUGCGAAAUUGGCCUUGACGUUUGCUUCCCAGAUGAAAGGUCAAAGGAAUACAGAUGCUGUAGAAGAAAAUAAGAGUGGACCUCCAAAGAAGAAAGUGAAGGAAUUGAGAAUUUUGGAUCCCAAAACAGCCCAGAAUCUGUCUAUCUUCCUGGGAUCUUAUCGCUUACCAUAUGAGGAAAUAAAGAACAUUAUUUUGGAGGUUAAUGAAGAGUUGCUCAGUGAGGCCCUAAUUCAGAAUCUUGUUAAACAUCUUCCUGAGCAGAAUGUACUCCGAGAACUAGCACAGCUUAAGAAUGAAUAUGAUGAUCUCUGUGAGCCUGAACAGUUUGGUGUUGUGAUGAGCUCGGUGAAAAUGUUACGGCCUCGUCUCAUGAGCAUCCUUUUCAAACUCACCUUUGAAGAACAUGUAAACAACAUCAAACCAGGCAUCAUAGCAGUAACUCUUGCAUGUGAAGAACUGAAGAAAAGUGAAAGCUUUAACAGACUUUUAGAGUUGAUUCUUUUGGUUGGAAACUACAUGAACUCAGGCUCAAGAAAUGCCCAAUCUUUGGGCUUUAAGAUCAACUUCCUUUGUAAGAUUAGAGAUACAAAGUCAGCAGAUCAAAAAACAACCCUUUUGCAUUUUCUUGCUGAAAUCUGUGAGGAAAAACACCGAGAUAUCCUGAAAUUUCCUGAUGAGCUGGAACAUGUGGAAAGUGCAAGCAAAGUUUCAGCUCAAAUUCUCAAGAGCAACCUUGCAGCAAUGGAACAAAACAUUCUUCAUUUGGAGCGUGACAUCAAGAACUUCCCCAAAGCAGAAAGUCACCAUGAUAAGUUUUUGGAAAAAAUGAUGAGCUUUGCGAAGAAUGCCAGAGAGCAAUAUGAAAAACUAUCUACCAUGCACAACAAUAUGGUGAAGCUCUAUGAGAACCUGGGAGAAUACUUCAUCUUUGACCCGAACACGGUAACCAUAGAAGAUUUUUUUGGUGAUCUCAACAACUUCAGAAACCUAUUUUUGGAAGCAGUGAAAGAAAACCACAAGAGAAAAGAAAUGGAAGAGAAGAGCAGGAGAGCCAAACUUGCAAAAGAGAAAGCUGAACAUGAGAAGCUGGAACGCCAGAAGAAGAAGAAGCAGCUCAUUGAUAUAAACAAAGAGGGUGAUGAGACUGGAGUGAUGGAUAAUCUUCUGGAAGCCCUACAGUCAGGUGCAGCAUUCAGAGACCGCAGAAAGCGAAUUCCAAGGAAUCCGGAUAACAGACAGGCCCCUCUGGAAAGAUCACGCUCUCGCCACAAUGGAGCCAUGUCAUCCAAGUGAUUCCUGAUGCCAGAGAGAGUGGAGACAUUUAAGAAAACAAAAUCAUCCAUCUUGAGAAGAACAAAAUAUACACUCAAGGGUUUGAGUGGAAAUAAAUGCAUUUCCACAAAGGUCAAGCUGA